ACACAUGUCAAAAUGGCCUCAUGCCUGCGCUGGUGCGUCCCACCCUGCCGACCGUCCAAACCUCGCUGGGCAUGAAGCCGUUCCUCCCCAUCCCGCUGGACACCACCUCGGCCGCUCGCCUUUUCCCAGGAUUCAACACGAUGGACCCGGUGCAGAAAGCCGUCCUCCAUCACACCCUGGGCAUCCCUCCCACAGCCAAGAGGAAGCAUGUGUCCUGCAGCGUCUGCCAGCUGAGGUUCAACUCACAGGUGAGCCACUCGAAUAUAAAUUCUCCGCAGAAUCAGACUCCACAAAGGCUUAAUUUGCUGGGCUGUUCGGCCCGAAUCGCAGCUGCAUUGAGAUGCAGAUCAAGUGUUCAGUCCUCUGUAGGCGAUGAUGCUGACUGAGCAGCAAGACAAAAA